AAACUUGGCAGUAAAUAUAUAAUUACAGAUGAUGAAUACCAGCAUAACUUCCUUAAUUGUUUUAUAAUCAGGCAGUCAGUUGGUUUUACAGAGUCAAAGGCGAGCCAUGUGGUUGCCACAAUGUUGCUUGCUGGUGCAAGCGGUGGCCAUAAAAGCGGCGUAUUUCCACGAGCCAUCCAUGACGACCAUCCGACCUCCUGAGCCGUUGAGUGACGCGUUCUUCGGAUACAGCAUUGCGUUUACAAAUAAUGAGCUAGUCGCAAGUGCUCCCCGAGCAGACAAAGAUGGCCAAGUGUUUUCGUGCGAUCUGUCGACCCAAAACUGUACUCAGAUGUCGGUGCCACUCCCAGCCGUUACAUCCAGAGUUCAUGGGGAUGACACUUAUAACCAUAGUUUCUGGCUUGGAGCUAGUGUGAAGGCUGGCGACGAAUAUCUUUUUGUGUGUGCUCCUCGGUGUACGAGCAAAAUACAGGCAGCAGGACAAAUGUUUGGCACGAACGGACGUUGUUUUUAUAAAGAGUAUAAAAAUCCUGGCAGCCAUUUCACCAACAUGCUCCAGAUCUCAAAGGAGGACCGAUCCAUAAAUCGCACGCAUAACGAAAAUGUGACUGAUGCCUUCGGCUGGAGUAUGGACAUAGAUAUGAAGGGUGCACUGCGGGUCGGGAGUCCAGCUAUCGCUGCAGGUCGAGUGAUGACUUAUAUCGAUCCUUCGGAAUCGGAGUCCACCCCUCCUAAGAUUUUUAGUUCUACUAACCCAGACGGCUUCAACUUUGGAUACAGUAUUGCAAGUGGUAUUUUUAUAAAAACACGCGCUAAAUAUCCAAAGCCAGAUGUAGCAAUUGGCACACCAUAUGGCGAUUUCGGCAUCGGAAAGGUGAUCAUUUUUGACAAUGGCCAAAAGUGGCAGUCAGACGUGGACGACCCGGCAGGAGGUGUGGGGUCCAUGUUCGGCGCAGCCCUGUGCUCUGCCAAACUCGGCGGCGACACUACCUCGCUACUCGUCGGUGCGCCCGCGCAUUUCAGAGGUGACGACAAGUACCACACCGGUAUCGUGUACAUUUAUAGGCAUAAGACAAAGAAAAUUAUGAAGAAUGUGAAGCAAAUUAAAGGCCCUAAUAAAAAUGGAGCAUUCUUUGGCUACGCCAUUGCCAACAUCGGGGACAUGGACAUAGACGGAAAAGAUGAAAUAGUCAUAGGGGCUCCAUAUGAAGACGAUGGCAAGGGUGCCGUAUACCUGUACGCGGGGUCGGCCCUAGACGACAAAUCGACGACUACCUCCUGGCUGCAGCGGUUCCAGCCCGAGGCUGCCGCCUUCCAAAAUCUGGGCCUGAGUCUGGUCGCCAACAAGUACUCUGACAACGCAUGCAGUGGAGCGGGAACUACGCUGGUCCGCCCGCUCGUGCGCCCUCAUGUGACUGCAGUAUCCAACCUUCGUCUGCAGUGCUCGUCCGCACCGAGGGCCUGUCAGGACUCCGUCAACGUAGCAAUAGAUCUGGCAAUAGGAGCUCCUGGUAACAACAAGGUGGCGGUGUACCGCUGUUUGACAGUUAUCACCGUCGACAUAAUUACUAUUGUUCCUGACCUACAGAACCGUAUUGAUAAGACUUCAUUUGCAUUUAAUGUGUGCCUAAAUGCGAAAUAUCCUCGUAAACCAGAAAACAUUACAGCUAAAUUCGCAGUAAAAGUCAAGAUAACCCACCCAAAUGCUACUUUGACUGGCGCAAAACCAUAUGAAGACUUUAUAGAAUACGAUGAGUUACUCGACAAUAAAGAAAGGCCUAACGGCUGCAGGAGCAUAGAUGUAACGACAUCUGAGAACGGAGACUACGAUCAAGAAAUCGAGUUCCUCAUAACAGCUAAACUCCUGAACGAUCCGGCAAAUAGUAGAGAAUUUGAUUCGUCGAAAGCUACCGUGAGCCCCCACAGUAAACUGUGGCACCCCAGGUCCGUGCGGGCAGCGGAGUGCAAGAGGGAACCAUGCCAACCGAAACUGUCUGUCAAACUUACCACCAACGUACAGAAUCCAUACUUAAUCGGGUCUUCGUCGACCGUACGCGUCGACGUGUCCGUGCGGAACGGCGAUGCGGACACUGCGUACCGGCCGUGCGUGGUGCUGAGCGUGUACGGCGGCGCGGCGAACGUGCACCGCGCGCCACCGCACUGCACCGUCUUUAGCGACACGCGCAGGAUCUGCCAGCGGCAGAGAGCGUUGAAGCCUAAUAACAAGUGGGAUUUAAACAAAGAGGCAGCAUCUGACCAAAACAUCGAGAUAGGCCUGGAGGCACUGACGAGCGAUACCAAGAAAAUAAAGGUCGUGGCCGAAGUUUAUAACCGCUGCGAAACCGCCAACGAGCCUGUCGACAAAACUUCCAUUGAGUUUGAACUCAUAACUAAUGUCGACGGAUUGAAGAUUGAAAGCAAAACGGACCAGGGCGAACCGGUAUUCUUCCAUAAAGAUGACUUUAAAAGUGGAAAGAAAUUACUUCACACAUAUACCAUAUCGAACGUAGGCGAGAUCAACUGGGUCGGACUCGUUGGUGACCUCUGGCUGUACAAAGGACCUCACAUUACUUACGAUAAUUUAAUACAGAUUAACAGCGGCGAAUCUGAAAGGCCUUCGUGCGCAUUAAAGAAUGACAACAGUAAGAGCGACUUCCACGGCUUAAGCUGUGAGCUGGGAAGCCUGAAUCACAAGGAAACUAUCACCGUGGUCAUACCUAUCACUACGGUACCUAAUGAACUUGAGAAAGUUUUACAGAAAUCAAACGCUACAGUAAAAACAUUCCUCAGAGUGAUCGCUGACAAACAAGAGAAGGAAAAAACGUAA